UUAGAACACAUGUCAGUGGUUGAAUUCACUGUACUGUAUUGUGCGCUUGUAUGUAUACUGAGUUUGUGAUACGUUUCUAUCAACCACUCUAUCCAAUUUAAAUGACUAUAUUCUAUUGUUUGCAGCUAUAUAGGAAUAAAAAAACUAAAAGUUGGCAUGAAGGCUUUUUAAAAUAUCACAACGACAGACAUAGGAUUGAGUUAUACGAUGAAAACAGAUCCAAAAUCGACUCUUCAUUUGUCAAACCAUCCGAGCGCAUUGAUGUAGGAUCUGAGCUAGAAUUAGAUAGGUAUUUGGUUACAGUAGAAUCUUGCGUCACUACAUCCAAAAAUGUCACUGCUGCUGCUGCUGUUCCAUCCAAUCCUCAACGAUCUCUACCUCAACAACGAUCUUUACCCCAACAGCGAUCUUUACCUCAGCAGCGAAGAAUAGGACUAAAGGCUAAAAGGUCUAGCCAACCAUUAGUCCAACUGCGGCCAGUAUCUCCUCCACAUUCAAAACCUGCUCAUCAUUUUGAGCAACCUGUGAAAAAUCAAUCUCAUAUGCAUUGCUUACCAUCCUUCACUGCACAUACAAAUCAUGUUUCCAAUCCAUCCUACCCAACUGCAGCAGAAAAUACAAACAGAAAUGGCUCACAUGCAUUGAAUCUGUUGCAUUCAAAUUCAAAAUCUAGUCUGGAUCAAAUACACUGUCCACCAAAGUCUAAGAAAUCUAUCUGGGAUAUGUUUUGCGAACCAGAAGAUGUUGAUCACUAUCAACUUCCUGAAUCUAUGGAACAUAUAGAUUCACCUGAUAAACUCGAUACAUUGACUCGACAAGUUCAGAUAUCUGUUGAUGAAUUGCAUUCCGGAAAUACUCAUACAUUUGAUGGCACAGAUUCAAUAGAAUCUAUAUAUACAUCAACUCUACCAAAUGGCUCAGACAUAAAACAGCGAUCCACGACUGAGUUAAUGGAUAUGUUUGGAGAUUCUGCUGAUCCUGAUGAUCAUUCAAUUGCAUAUCAACCGCUUUAUCCAAAGCGUUCACUUUCCAGUAAUCCAUCUACGUUUGAUACAGAUUAUCUUCACAAAUCUGAUACAGAUAUUGAACUUGUCCAUCAAGUUAAAAAAAACAAGUUUGAACAAAACCAUUCUGCACUUGACUCGCUGGAAAAUCUCGAGUCAUUUUCCCAAUCGCCAUUAAUAGCGCCUAACUCUCUUUUUGGACACUCGGCCACAACAAAAAACCUUGCAUCAUCACAAAUAUCGACAUCUUAUGAUGUUUCUAAAUCUACUCAGACUGCAUCUCAACUCUAUUUUCCUAGUGUAAAUGGUACUUGUACACAUACUCCAUAGCUGCGUUUACUUUUGAAAUUUAUUUCAACACUUUCACUAUCUAACCAACUUUUUUAUGAUGUCAUCAAAGAAAGAAUGAAUUUAAUGGAUUUAAAGCUU